UGCAUUUACAUGUUCCAUCUCAUUAUUCUAUGCAUGUUCAUUUUUUAUUUAUUUGGUUAUGAAAUUUUAACUUAGCCAUGGCUGAUGAUUGCCCCCCAAAAAGUGAUAUUGAAUCCGUUUUUAAAAGACUGAGAUCCAUUCCUGCAAACAAGAUCUGUUUUGAUUGUAAUGCUAAAAAUCCAACAUGGGCAAGUGUAACGUAUGGAGUAUUCAUCUGCAUUGACUGUUCGGCGGUCCACCGUGGCCUUGGUGUCCACUUGUCCUUCGUGCGCUCAACACAGUUGGACACACACUGGACAUGGACACAGAUAAGGAAUAUGCAACUUGGAGGCAAUGCCAAUGCUUCAACUUUCUUCAGGCAGCAUAAUUGCGACACAACUGAUGCGCAGGUUAAGUAUAAUUCAAGAGCAGCCACACUGUACAGAGAUAAACUCGACCAUGCAUCUAAACAGGCCAUGAAACUCCAUGGAACCAAGUUGUUCAUGGACGGUGGACUUCCACAUGAGUCUCAUCAUGGAGAAGAGAAAAAGGACUCAGAUUUCUUUGACUCCAUCAUGCAACCAGGUGAAGAGAGCACCAACGGCUUUCAAACUAACUUCCCGACACAGCCCAGAGUAGAUCCAACACCGGUCCGUUCAGUGCCAACCCUUGCGCCUGCCAACCCACCAGAACCAGUCAAGGUCGCCAAUAAUCUGAAUAGUACAAGUAAUUCAAACGCCCAUGGGUCACCCAGCGUAGAAGGUGCCUUUUCAAGUAAUAGUGCAACGUCUCUUUCAGAACAUAAAUCCACCAUUGGAAGGAAGGGUCCUGCCAAAAGGACUGGGCUGGGUGCCAAAAAAGCCGGUCUUGGUGCUCAAAAAGUGAAAGCAAAUUUUGCAGAGAUCGAGCGUGAAGCAGAAUUAGCCGACCAGUUGAAAGAAUCAAUUGAAAAUAGCAAGAAGAAUCAGGCAGCAGCGGUACAACAGUCCACCGAAGAACAAGAUGCAAAGAUGGCAUCCAUGCGCUUGGCGUACCAGGAUCUAAGUUUGCAACAAAAGAAAGAAGAAGAGAAGCUAAAGAUAACCGAUCCCAAGAAAGCAGAGCAAAUUGAGCGUCUCGGUAUGGGAUUCUGUGCCAGAGGUGAAAUUCAACAUUCCGCUUUGAGUGACAUGAAAAUCAUCAAACAAGAAACUCCAAUUAAAUCAAAAUCGUCCUCAUCAUCUGAUGAUCCCUUUGUGAUCCCUUUUUCUUUCAUAAAAAAAGUUGAGCAGUUCUCCGAUUCAGAUCUGGAUUUCAUUCUCCGAAGCGGCUCCUCAAACUGGAUGGAUUCCGAGCCGAAAUCCACCUCAGCUUGGGAUAAGUCGAGCAAUGAUAUGGAUUCUAUGUGGAAAGAUAACCUCUCUUCUAAAUCAUCCCCACCCAAAUCCAGCUCGAAUAAUUGGGAAAAAUCAAGCAACACUUGGGAAAAAUCUAGCAACAACUGGGAAAAAUCUAGCAACAACUGGGAAAAACCCAGUAACAACUGGGAAAAAUCUAGCAAUGAUUGGGAUAACACAAGUAGUAAUUGGAAUAAAAGCAGCAGUAAUUGGGACAAAACAGAAACUUCUAAGAACACUGCGUCUGCACCAUCAAGCAAGCAGAAAGCACCAGCAUCAGCCGCACCGAAAACAGCAGACACAGGCUCAGAUGCGCAGAAGAAGUUUGGGGCAGCGAAGUCCAUAUCCUCUGCUCAAUAUUUUGGUGACAGUACCGAGGAGAAGUGCAAUUUAUCAAGAUUCGAAGGUUCGACAAGUAUCUCAUCAGCUGAGUUAUUUGGGGGUGGUAGCUCGCACCAAGACUAUGCUGCUGGUUACACCCCAGAUUUAGACGAUGUCAAAGAGAGUCUUCGUCAAGGUGCCACAAAAGUUGCUGGGAAACUGUCGUCCCUAGCUAAUGGUGUUAUGUCUUCAAUACAGGAAAAAUACAGUGGUGGAUACUAAACAUAUUUGUGCCUCAUCAAUGUCUUGAGACAAUAUAUUAGGUGUAAAUAUAUAAAUAAAAAUUAUAUUUUCUGCUGUACAGUGUCAGAUAAUUACGCCUUUAUUUGCCAGCAAACCAUUUCCAUUUGCCUCUCACAGCAAUGAUUGUUAGCCUUAACAUUUUAAGACAGUUUCAAUUUUCAAGAUUCAAGUUACAGAUCCAGUGGUUGCUCAAAAUCUAUCUUCCAUUUUGAGUAUUAUAUUAAGUUUUUUUCCACUUUUUUGAGAAUCCGUAGAUCGGUCCCUGUAUGAUAAUUUAUAUCGCUUGUAAAGUAACUCAAGUAUAAAUAUAUCUUUGUUUUAUUUUAAA